AUGUCUCAAGCGCCAGAUAUCGACACCUUAAGUUUGGCGGACGAUGAUAUUUCGAAACAAGUAGCACCUUGCUUGUCCCUCGCAUUCGAGCUGCUAGCCGAAAUCUUCGCAUAUGUGGUGGAUUCUUAUCCCCCAGGAGAUUUACGAUGGACUCCGAUUAUGCUCGUUUGUCGCCAAUGGCACGGUGCUGCUGUCAACAGUCCCAAGCUCUGGGCUACCAUCGAAUGCCAUCAUCCCGGAUGGAUCGCACCACUUCUGAGGCUCUCUCAGAAUAUGCCUCUCUCUAUCUGGAUGAUCCGAGAAAAGAAUUCUCAGCGGUCGGCACAGCCCCUUUCAGCAUUACAGCGACUGUCCAUGACGUUGGCAUCGUCCUCAGAGGACAUGAAUCGCGUGCAGAGCAUCCACAUCGAAGACGACUCGGAUAUCUUUCACAACUCUACCGUCGAAACUGUAUGUAACCUCCGCCUGCCAGCUCCUACAUUGCGUACAUUUCACCUGUCCGCCGAGCGCUCCAUGAUGAAUUUGGACCCCUUUUUGUUUGGCGGAAUAACUCCUAGUCUCCGCCACUUUGCUUUGAGGAUUGGGCUCGGAAUUUCGGCCAAGUCACCCCUACUCCGAAACCUCACUUCUCUUCACUUGGAGGUGACUUCCCACCAUGAACCCUGGUCUGUAGAAGAUGCUUUGGUUGUUCUGGCGGCGUCACCUGCACUGAACAGCCUUGCUUUGAUCGACGUAUUCACCAACAGACCCAGUCAUACUGGUUUUGUAUACCCAGCAGAAGUCAUCACCCUGCCCCUGAAAUUGUUCUCGUACAGGGCGACGAAGCCAGCGAUGCAGCACCUCACGAGAAGGCUCGCCUCAUCUUGUCCUACAGUUAUAGAUGGUACUCUCAUUACAUCCGAACCGCCCGACUUCAUCGCUGGCGACAUUCGUCCCUCGCAGGCUAAUGGUAGUCUCUCCAGCCUCUUCGUGGGCCUCUUCGGAGAGAAUAUCCGCACAAUCGGAUAUCCAGAGAGCACCGAUCCUCUAACCGACCUUUUAGCCACAGAAUCCUCUCCGACUUCGAUAAUGGAUGUCAGAGACCUUGUGGAAUUAAAACUCAAAGUUGAUCCCCUAGAGACGUAUUCCCGUCCAUUCCUCUUCGACAUCGUACUUCACUAUCCUUCGAUAGUAAGGUUAGGAAAUCUCCAAAACGAUGCGUUUCUGGCUCAGAUGAUCAAUACGUGUACAUGGUCUCAGAUGCAGACUGUCCGUUGGCUCUUCAUCAAAGCUAAACGGUCAAUUUCAUAUGACAUACCAGAAGAGGCCUGGCGACUCCUCUUCGUUACCAUGCCACAGGUUGAACGUCUCAGCAUCUGUGCUGAAAAACAUGUUAUAGAAUGUGCGCUAGCUGCACUGUCCCCAAGGGCGGGCCCAUCUACCCAUGAUUUUAUGGCAGCCUUCACAGUCUUACUGCCGAACCUCCGGACCUUAGAGCUCGACGUCGAGUUCAGUCGCGAUUUCGGCCCCCGAGACCUGGAGAAAGAGCGUCAGCAGUUCGCUGACGCCUGCUUAUCCCGCGAAAAUUCCCUCUUCAGUGGUCUCUAUUUUCGCAGUAUGGUAUCCGCACCUCUCACGUCCCUCGUCGUCUCAGGCCGAGAAAUGCCCGAAAGUCUCUAUCAAAAUCCGCCUACAGAGAUGCACAGGGCUGCUUCAUGAGGCCCAAGGGUCGUAGGAGCGUAGGACUUUGUGGGAUUCUCCCUCGUUGCGGCGAUUGCUUUCAUCCUCUAGUAGGCUAUGGAUUUCUAUUCCAGUGUCCGCCGUGUUACAGAGAUUGUUGAGGCUUAGAAGCGAAGGAUACCUUUCUUUCGGCAGUGAAGUCACCGGCAUGUUCAGGUGACUAGGUCAACAUCGAAGAACGAAUAGCCGAUAACUGUAAU